AUGAGCCAACUUCAAGACAUAGCUCUGCACCCCUCUCCUCACAAUCAUCAUCCGAAACACAAGCAUUGUUCAUGUCAUGAUUCAAAUACUUCCCCAUACGCAUGGCCUUGGUAUCCGUAUUUGGAGAAUAUUCAACCGUGCAAACAUCAACAUGAAAAACAAUUCAAGACCCAACUUCAUCAUUUACUGUAUCAAGAUAACCCCUAUCUAGUGAGUGGUUAUCGGAAAUUACCAAUUCAAUCCAUCAAAAAGUGUAUCUAUUCUAUAUUCACACUCCACAAUGAAACGCUCAAUAUAUGGACACAUUUACUUCCAGCUUUUUAUUUCUCAUAUUUAAUUGUGUAUUGUACCUGGCAAGCUUAUGAGUUUGGAAAAGAUAGAGCAGAUAUUUUUAUUUCUCUAUUUUACUAUACAAGUGCAGCAUUGAUUUAUUACUUGAGUGCUUUUUAUCAUGUAUUUCGAAUGAACAGCGAAAGUGCUUACCAUUUUUGUUUAAUAUGUGAUCUGAGAGGUAUCAUUUCAAUGUUUUCUGGAUCUAAUAUUUGGUGUGCAUAUUUCAUGUUGAAAGGUUUUGAUCGAGUGGCAACUGUAAUGACCUCGAUUAGUUUUGCUGGAUAUUUCUAUUUAUGGUUUUGGAUUCCACACAUGGUGAAACGAAGAUUGUCAAAUCGAAGAACAUUGUAUUUUGGAAUUUUUAGUACACUUGGACUGGUGUGCAUGUUUGUGAGACUUUUUCUGCAAUUUGAAUAUAUUUUCCAACCUGCACUAGAAGGGAAAUUAUCGUUUUUGGACUUACUCAUGAAUACAUUGUUUGGAAAUGAAAUUUCCAUCAUUUCCAAUGAUACAGCCAUCAACAAUGAUACAAUGCAAAUGAUUUUGCAAUUAUUGAAUUUUAAUCAAUUACUCUUUCGAAAAAUUAUUUUACGUUCCUUCUCCUUGUUGGCAUUUGCAAUGGUUAUUCGAGUGUUGAAAUUCCCAGAAAAGUUCUUUCCAUACACAUUUGACAUUGUUGGUGCAAGCCAUCAACUCUUUCAUAGCAUUGUAGCCCUCUCUCCAAUUUUAAACCACUUGGAUUUAUGGGAGAGUUAUAUUGAGAACGAUCAAUUUUCAUUGCAUCAUGACUUGUUGGAAAUGGUCAAGUUUUGA